UAGUCUAUGACUGGACUGGUUGAUUUUUUUUAAGUUGUGAGGAAAUAACAACAAUAGUCAACAGAUUAAUUCAAUAAUUAAUCCAUUAUCAAACGUUUUAGUUUACUCGUAGUAAUAUUUAUGAGAUAAAACAGGAUUCCGAAUUUCGUAAGAUGAAUAAAAAUUAUGAAAGAUGUACACAUUGCAACCGACGCAAAUGGCUUGCCACUGGUUGUCUUCGAAAAUGGUUGAAACCUAUGGAAUGUAAACAUUUGCAACGAACUGUAGACAGCAAAAGAGAUCUAACUAACACGGAUAUAGUCAAUCGUGUUUAUUUGCCUGAACGUAAACCCCCUGUCAAUACGAAUAAGUUCGUUAGAUUUUGGAAGAAUAAACUUUUCGUCACUGGCAGUGUUCGUUCGUUGCAGAGAUAUUUUGGAAGUAAAAAUAGCAACGGUGAACAUUUAUGUAAUUUUGGUAAGACUACCGAGCCCUCGACAUCGACGGAGAGGCAUAUGGUUAUAAAACUCGAUUCAAAGAAAGAUCUGGAAUUUGAGAGAUCAAAUUUAAGGUGUCAACACGCAGAUGGUCACUCAGUACUGCGAGGACAUCACCAGCAUGUGUCUAUUGAGAGUUGUGCUAUAUACUGCCAACUUUCCAAGCAUGGUUGGUACUGGGGUGGAAUAACGUCAACCGAGGCAGAGAAGCUACUGGCCGGACAGCAUGACAAUGUUUUCUUAGUGAGGGAUUCUUAUGACUCGAGGCACAUCCUUUGUGUUUCGUUCCGUUGUGUUGGACGCACGCUACAUGCAAGACUCAGACAUGCCAAUGGAUUAUUCUCUUUGAACAAUGAAACAUACGUGCCUGCAAACAGAAUAUCUGAACAUUGUGCUACAGUUGCAGUUAAAUCAAAACUAUUUGAAAUGCCUGUUAAAUUAGCCAGACCUUUAAACAGAUUUGCCAAGUUAGACUCGCUACAAAAGAUCUGCAGGUUUGUAAUCCGACAAACUGUUUCAGACAAUUUAUGGAGUAAAUUGCCUCUACCAAACAAUCUUAUAUCAUAUGUGUCGCUUGGGAGUGACUACAUUGCACCCUUAUAAGCAAACCAGACAAAACAAAAUGUGCCUUAACCCUUCAGUGCAUGUAUGGUAUGUUAAUCCAUUGUUAACUUAAGACAUGUCCUAUAAAAUGAUUAAAAUGUUUUUGAAUUUUAUACAAAUCUCUAUUCAAUAUAAUAUAAUAAAGGAUUUUACUGUGAUUA